AUGCCGGAGAAUAAGGUUUUUCCGUGGGUCGAGAAGUAUGGAGGCGUGUCCGACCCGAUAAAGCACCUACGAUCGUUCGUGGAUGCCAUGGUGGUCUAUUCCUUUGACGAACUGGUGGGGUGCAGAGUAUUUUCUCUCUCUUUAAAGGAUGAAGGGCUGAAUUGGUUCCAUUCGUUACCACCCCAGAGUGUUGAUAGUUUUGCUACUUUGAGGCAUCUGUUUAGUCAGCAAUAUGCGUCAAAUCGGUCUCGGGGUUUGACGUAUACGACUUUGGUCAGAAUGAGGCAGGGUAGGGACGAGUCAUUGAAGGGAUUUAUGGAGCGCUUCAACCGAACCGCUCGGCAAGUACGAAAUGCAGACCAACAGUUGAUAGUGAGUGCACUCACAACCGCUUUGCGGUCGGGACCCUUUGUUGAUUACUUAUAUGAGGAGGAACCUCAAUCAAUGGAUGAGUUAUGGCAUAAACUGGCUGGGUUCAUCCGUAUAGAGGAGGGGAGAGCGUACCGGAGUGAUCAGGGUGAAGAGGGGGCCCCGGUCAUAAAGCCAGGACGGGAUAGAAGAGGGGAGAAACGACCGAACGAGGGGGAGCAUAGGGUGGGGGCAAGACGAGGCUCAGAGAAUUUAGCAGUAUGUCCACCAUACACCUUUGAAUGCCCCGAGGGUGAGGGUGCUGGAAGAAGCCUUGAGGGCUAA